AUGACUACAACUGCAGAGCGAAGGUUCAUUAAUCUCAGGAAACGUCUAGAUCAACUGGGCUAUCGGCAGCCAUUGGGAGUGGAGAGUUUACCUUUGGUGGAAAAACUUUUUAGUGACCUAGUUCAUACAACUGAGAGCUUGCGCAGUGCAAAGUUAUCUGCUGGAAAAUCUGAAAAAGAGUGUAGCAAUUAUGAUGCUAUUUUGGAACCUUAUAAAACAGAGAAUGCCAAACUUACCAGGGAAAAUAAUGAGCUACACUUGGAAAUAUUAAAACUGAAAGAACAAUCUGAUCGUUAUGUUAAAGAUUUGAGAGCCUCCUUAAGGAGGGUUGAACAUGAAACAGCUGACUUGAAAUUUCUGAAUAAUCAAUAUGUACAUAAAAUUAAAACGCUAGAAAAAGAGAACAAAGCCAAGACUGAAAAAAUUCAGCAGCUUCAGGAGAAGAAUUUGCAAGCAGUGGUGCAAACACCUGGUGGCAGAAAAAGAAGCAUUCCCUUCAGGCGUCAACGUAUGCAGAUAGACCAGCCCGUCCCCCCAUCAGGUGUUAGUGCCUAUCCAGUUCCUCAGCCAGAGGACCCUUAUAUUGCAGACCUUCUUCAGGUGGCUGAUAAUCGAAUUCAUGAACUUCAGUCAGAAGUAGUGGAACUACAGGAAAAACUGGAGAUAACUGAACGUGAAAUGAAAAAUUAUAGCAAACAGGUUGAGCUCAGAGACAAAGAAAUAGAGCGCCUCAUGCUAGCACUAGAUGGAGGGCGUUCUCAUGAGAUUAUCUCUCUGGAAUCAAGAAGUAAAAGUAAUGAGAAACUAAUUGCUCAUUUGAAUUUGCAGGUUGAAUAUCUUCAGCAAACAAAGAAAGAACUUGAAAAUCGCAUUCAAGACCUCUUGGACACUAAACAAAAUGUGACUAGUGAGGUAGUGCAUUUAAGCAAUAAAAAUGAAGAACUGUGUCAAGAACUGAAUGAAAUAGACCACUUGGCACAGCAGUUGGAAAGACACAAGGAAAUCGUGCUUGAGACUGCAGAUAAGGAAAUUGGAGAAGCAAAGAAAGAAAUUGAAAGAAAACAUAGUGAAAUACAGGAUCUUGAAGAAACAAUAACAAGGCUUAAAUCAGAGUUGUGCUCAUGUCGUAGGGAGAAUGAGAGACUGAGUGAAGAACUCUUUGGAAAAACAGAUGAUAAAGAGAAUCUUGAACUGUUGUUAAACCAGCUUGAACAAGAGAAACAAAGGCUGACAGAAAAAACGGAGACCUUAGAAAUAAAAG